CGUCUCGUGUAAAAUGUGCUGCCGCGGCGUGGAGUCGAAUCUGUAAAUACUUAUAAGUGCGAUAGCGCUGUCGGCCACCGUCGCUCCGUCGUCGACAGCCUUUUUAGUGUAUCAUCGAGCGAGCGUCUCUGGGGACGAGUGCUUGCACGGCGGCGACGCGGUGAGUCACGAGUAACGGACGGACGGUUCCGAGAUCCGAGGACGGCUGUGGUAGAUACGAUACGCGUAGUAGUAGUAGGUACGUGCAGGUACGCGAUAGUUGUCGCGAGCGAAUCCGAUCGAAGAUUGUAAUAAAAUGGCGAGGCAAUCGUACAGUAUCGUCGAAUACUACGGCGAACAAGACGGAUACAAAUGCGGUUAUUGCAAGAGCCCGGAUACGAAUUUCAGUCAUGGUAUGGGAACUCACACGCUGACCGUUCGAGAUUACCAAGUUCUGGUCGAUAGAGGUUGGAGGAGAUGCGGUUCUUACUGUUACAAAUCGACCAUGGAUCGCACGUGUUGCCCGAUGUACACCAUCAAGUGUAAAGCAUUGCACUUUCAAAUCUCGAAAUCGCAGAAGAAGAUACUGAAGAGAAUGGGCAAGUUUUUGCGGAACGAAUUGCAUAAAAACGAUCUGACGAUGGAUACGUUCGAAGAGGAUCGCGGCGGAGACGAUAUAGAUGACGUCGGAAAGGCAUUGACAAUCGCGGGUAAGAAUCGCGGACGAUCGAAGCGCGAAGAAAGUAUUUCCGUGAUAGACGUGAAAUUGAUCGCCAAAGACGACGAGGUUAACGCGAGAUUACGUCCUGGCCGGUCGAUGACGAUCGACGAAGGUCGAGGUGAACAGAGUUGCAGCUACUCGGAAACGAAUCUGAGCGCGACGGGUUCCGAGCCGAUACCCGUCGUCGCCGUCGCGUCCAGUCGGAACGACGUCGAUUCGAACGGUACGCCACAAAGUUUGCGAUCGGUAGAAAUGAAUUCUACUGCUGUCGCUGCUCGGUCCUGCGCGAAAGCAAAGCUUUUGCGUAAGCAACGGAAACGGAAUAAAUUAUUGGCGCAAGGAAAAUCUGAGGAGGAGAUCCAAGCGAUUUUCGACGAGUAUAAACUUCGGGAGAAUCGUGCCAAGACUUUCGAGGAAUUGUUCGAUCAAGUCUACCCGGAUGGAACUACCGGCAGAUUGAAGAUGAGAUUGGUACGAACCAUGUCGGACGAAUUUAUCAAAACCUUGAAGGUGAGCGCGGACCUCUUUAAAAAGUAUCAAAUGACUGUUCAUUGCGUGUCGGAGAAGGAAUCGGACCAAGUGUCGUUCUUCAACUUCCUCGUAAAGAGCUCUUUACAGCCGUGGACACCGGACGACGGACCGUCGAGUGGGUACGGCUCGUUUCACGAACAAUAUUGGCUGGACGACGAAUUGAUCGCGGUCGGCGUGAUCGACAUUUUACCAUCUUGUGUCUCGAGCGUUUAUUUCUUUUACGAUCCGGCCUACUCUCAUCUUUCCCUGGGAACGUUCAGUUCCCUUCGAGAGGUUUACUUGACCAGGCAGUUGAACAAAGUAGCGAAAGAUUUGAAAUAUUACUACAUGGGAUUUUAUAUACACGCGUGUCCGAAAAUGCGAUACAAGGCACGAAUGAGGCCGUCGUACCUAUUGUGUCCCGAAACUUACGCUUGGUUCGACAUAGAUCGGUCUCUGUCGAAGCUGGACAAACAAAAAUACAGCAGAUUGAACGACGACAUCGAUGCCAUCGACGAGGACGGCGUGGUCGACGUUGACAAGGUGUUGGUAUUGUAUCGGCAAGUGGCGAUGCCGUAUGAAAUUUAUAAGAAGAAGACGGCUGCCGCCGCCGCUCAUCGGGCGACUGUCGUGAGAGAAGAGGAGGAAGAGGAGGAGGAGGACGAGGAGGAGGACGAGAUCAAACAAUACGCUGGUUUGGUCGGAAUGAAGUGCGCGCAAAGGUUAUUGCUUUAUCGGGGGUGAAGCACGUUUACCCGUUUCCCGUGUGUCAUCGAGCCACCACCGAGUACCUACACGAACAGUGUCCAGUCCAGAUAUUGGAGCCGAGUCGAAUUUAUUUUACCGAGGAGACAGGCGAAGCGUCGAUUGAAACGUCGAUGCCGCCGUGAGGCGACGUGCCCGAGAGAGAGAGAGUGUGUAUGAGUGAAAUUCAGAGAAAAUUAUCAUUGUUUCGAAUAAAAUACAUGAAUUUUGAA